AUGACGGGCGCGAGAGGCCCCUGGCCCCAUCCACGCCCAGGCGCUCCCCUUGCCCAGAUCCCUCUUCAUACCCGGGUCCCUCCUUACGCCCAGGUGAGCCUGUCCUGCCUGCCGCACCACUGGGGUCGUCAAUCGUCAGAGCUUUUUUUUGUGGUUUUAGAACGCUCGCCCAGGAUUCGUCGCUUUUGCCCCGGGACCAAGGCCUUGAUGGAGAUCCACAAAUAUCAGAAAAGCACCCGAGUCCUCUUUCCACAGGUGCCCUUCUUACGCCUGUUCCCUGAGGUGUGCCAGACUGUCAGCAGACGUGAGCUCAAGUGGCAGGUCUUUGCCCUAAUGGCACUUCAGGAGGCGGCCGAAGCAUUCUUGGUGUUGCUGUUUGGGGACGCCAACUUGUGCGCCAUCCACGCCAAGCGGGUCACUUUACUAAUAGGAUCAGCUGGGCACUGGAACGAAGAAGCGUCUCGUGGCUCGGCCUUGCCCACUUCCUCAUCGGGCGACUGCUAA